GCGGAUGACAGCGAAAUGAUACGGUACCGGCGCAAUGCGCGCGGGAAAUCACAGUGCGCGCGGCCCACCCGCGCAGCGCGCCAUUUCACAGCAGUACGCGUUGUUUUACGCAGGUGCUCUAAUGCACCUGUCUGUCAUGUGGAGCACAUGACCGUGACGUCACUGCGAACGCACAACUUUCAUUUUAAGCGUUUUUAUGGGAAUGAAAACUCCUGCGUCCUGAAAAUGGGAUGUUGUUGUUCCUGUCCCAGCGGAGAUGAUGAGAGAGAACCUUUGCUCCAGUCAAACAGAAAAACACGAACAGAAUCUGGACCAGCAGUUAAUGAAAUACAAUCUGCAAGAACAUCACAUCCAGCUAAUGGUCAGUUUCAAGGCCUCCAUAAUCUAUAUACGCCAAGAAAAACUGCAGAUGCAGUUAAGAAGACCGACAGGUUUGAAGCCCGACGUGUUGGUGUGAGUGACCUCGAUGAGCGUUUCAGUGAUGUUGCCGAAACGUACAACAAACAGCACGAGGACUAUGAAACUAUGAAGAACAAGCUUCAGACUGUUGCAAAUCGCUACAAAUGCCCAACUAAUGACAGUCUGUCUCAAUGCCUGAAGAAAAUCAAGGAGGAACAUGCGAACUGCCACAUCAGUCUGGAGGUUAAAGGAUAUGACUUCACUCUGAUGGUGAGGUCAGAGGCCGAAAUCCCCAACGACCUGAAGAGGACACAAGAGAACAUCACAGAGCUGAGCAAAGCUGCUAAAGCGGUCAUAUCUGUGGCCACUAAACUCCAAGAAAUGAUCGAUUGGCUUCUGAAGGCAGAGGACACCAUGACCAAACAGGUGGAAGCUGCUGAAUCCAGACACCAAGAGAGGAAAAGGCUGGUGGACAACCUGAAGGAAAACCUCAGAGAGGUACGAAGAGCGAAAGAAAAGAGUCCAAAGUACAGGAAGGAGGCUGGAAAUCUUCUCAAUGAGGCUGCUGUGCUGUCCGGGAUCACACCGUGAAAUAAAUAUAUAUAUAUAUAUAUAUAUAUAUAUAUAUAUAUAUAUCAAGGACUUUAUUUUGUGUUCUUGUAUUCAAUAUAAAGUAAAGAACACAAUAUUAUAGUACAUAAAUCCUGACCAGUAAAUACAGAGCAUUAGUGCAAGCAACGCUACGCUGAUGAAGGACUAAUAUUUGUGGUUAUUUAAGUUAUUAAAGAUCUAAAAUAAAAAUAUAAAUGGACAUAAUAGGGGGAAAAAUAGUCAUUUUAGCGUCUUCAGAAAACUAGCAAAUAGUAAUACUUUGGAAAGCAUAAAGAAGGGACAAAAAUAGAGAAGAGAAGGCAUUUGUUAUUUUAUUCUUGAGGCCUUUUGUGUAUUUCCUAAUGAGUUUUUCCACAAAUGAGCCCAUUUUGUUUCUAAAAGCACUUUCAUACUUGUUCAGGAUCAGUUCGCAGUGAUUGUUUCUGCUGUGAAUGUGUAUAUGAACAUUGAUGGAAAACAAUCUUGCAACGUUUUCUUCCAUAUUUUAGAUUUGUAAGUAUUAUUUUGUAAUUGAAACACUAUUUUUUUUAUGUUCGAAUGAUUUUGCCUGUUAAAUAAACACAUAUUAACCUUU